UCGAACGUGAAUGAGCGCUGUGCCGACGACGGUUGCGACGGUUUCAAAUACGAACACAACUGAAGAAAAGUGGAAAAUAAGCGAAAGGAAAAAUUUCAUAAAUAUUCUACACAUAUACUAGCGAAUGGCGAGUGUAUUGUGGUACUAAAAGUGAUUUGCCAAACAUUCAAAAUUUCUAUAAUUUCGGUUUUGUUGUUGUGGUCGCUGUGUUCUUGUUGUUUUGGUUUUUCGGCUGCGACUGCGGCAAAAGCUGCGGACAAGCGCUAAAAUUAGCGACCGGUGUAUCGUAGGGUGAUGUAUGCUCUAUGAUUCCCAAUCUCCCGACUUCUGCCCCGCCGCCGCCUCCCUCGCCACGAGCGCAAUCGGCACUCGCCCCAAUUGCUGCUGGCAUUUUGUGAAUUAUACAUAUUUCACAUAGCAGUACUCGCCAUACAAAAUAAACAUCAUAUAAAUUAUACAUUGAGCGAAGAGGCGUUCUGUGAAGUGAAGUGAAAAAUCAAUUGCGAGAAAUAUAAAAGCGAAUAAAGGACUUUGUAAGAACUCAGCUACAAAAUGCCAGCUUCAAAUACGAUUGUGUUGAAGAGCCUCUCCAUACUGCUGGGACUAUUCUUCAUCUUUGUGGGCACGCUGAAACUCACCCCACACAUCAGCAAGGAUCUCUACAAGGAUCUGCGCACAGAGUAUGUGAAAUAUGCCAAGGUAUUUCCGCUAACCGCUCUCUUUGGCAUCAAAAUCCCCUCAAAAUGGUAUCGACGCACUGUCGGCAUAUUGGAGAUUGUUUGCGGACUGGCCAUGGCCUUAAUACCCUAUCACAAGGUGAAGAAUGUGGCCAAUGUGACGCUGCUGCUUCUUAUGCUGCUGGGCAUCUAUCAGCACUGGAUGGUCAGUGAUCCCUUCGAGCGUUCGGGACCUGCGCUGGUCUUCACCUUCAUGCUGGGCGGCCGUCUGGUUGUCUGGUAUCAGACAAGUCGCAAGGAGGCUGCCGAAUUGGCGGCGGUUAAUGCUUCGCAAGCGAACGGACUCAAGCAGGAGUAGAUCAAAAGAGGAGAGAGAAAGAGUGGAGAGUUUUAGGAGCGUAAUCGAAUCAUUUAGCACAAAAAAAAAUAUAAAUUAAAUUCAGUAAAGCAAAAAACAUCACAAUUAGUCGUCGUCGUCGUUCAUUAAUCGCACUUGUAAACAGCUUUGUUUUAGCACAAUAAGUUAAACAAUAUUUUGAACUCAAUUGGUGCCCUAAAUGAAUGAAUGAAGAAGCAGAAGAAGAAGAAGAAUCCUCAAAUCGAAAGCGUAUAGACAAGUCUCGUUUCUAGUUAUAAAUGAAUUGAAAAGCAAAUUGUAGAAAUUAUAGAGAAAUCAAAAUUGAGAAAUGAAAUUAAUGUUUUUCACUUUGGUGCCAAAUAACAGAAUACAUGCUCGUACUCGUAUUAUAUAAUUAUUAUACAUAAAUAAUUGCGAAAGUGUUCAGGUUAUAAAUAAUAUUAAUAAAACGCGAGUAAAGUAACAGUAUAGCUAUAAAGACAAAGACCACAUACACACAUACAUACAUAACUACAUAAUAGUUUGCGUGAACAACAUUAAUGUAUACAAUUCACAAAAAAAAAAAAUAAAUCCUUUUAAUUACGGCAAUUCAUUCUA